AGCUCUACACAUCUCCUCUUGCAUGCAACUCACUGAGAGGGAGAGGCAAGCCAAACCUCCCCUCUCUGCCUGCAUCCCAAGCCAUCAAGGACCCGUUUUAGCAUCUCCAACACCCCCACCCACCCCCCACCACUCCCUCCCAGAGAAACACCCUGGAUUCUUACAGCCCCAAAGAGGAAACAAACAAAAGAGUUGAUUAAACAGCCAAAAGCUCUUCUCAACUGCAAAGAUCCUGCAAGCUCUUUGAGUGCCAAGUGGUGAAUGAUGGGCUGGAACAUCUUCAGCACACCAUGAAGAUUGACUUUGCUUUUACUCUCUCAAGAGUUACGUGCUUUAUGAGUUCACCACCACAACUGCUGCCUCGUUGCCAUCGCUGUCAGGUUCACUGCCGCUUCUAGGAAACUGGAAUUUGAGGAUUGGCUUCCACCUCUGCCUUUACUCUCUCCUUAAAUCAACCAGUUUCAUCUUCGUGUUUUCUACUGAAACAAGAACACCUUCUGUGUUUUUUGCCAUUCGCGAAAGUUCACCACCUGGAGAAUUCUUUCCAUAUGCCCUCUCCUCCUUGGAUAAAGGCCUCCGGAUCCUAACGGAUAGCUGAGAUCUUUCCUUGGAGAGGUGAAUUCUCCUUCUCAGUCACAUCUGCACACACUCUCUCUCUCUGUAUCUCCCUGUCUCUGAUUUUCUCCUGCUUCUUUGGCAUUUACUGGUUAUACUGUUCGUUACUGGGAUCCUCAUCACCAGUGCUGUGGCUUUUAUUUUUCUCACAGGGAAGAUUAUUGCAACAAUGGGAUUCACACUCCACUCUGUCUGCUUCACCCUGAAGGUGAGUUUACUGCUGGGAUCCUUGCUGGGCCUCUGUCUGGGCCUGGAGUUCAUGGGACUCCCAAACCAGUGGGCCCGUUACCUCCGCUGGGAUGCCAGUACUAGGAGUGACUUGAGUUUCCAGUUCAAGACCAAUGUCUCGGCUGGGCUGCUCCUCUACUUUGAUGAUGGUGGUGUCUGCGACUUCCUCUGCUUGUCCCUUGUUGAUGGGCGCAUCCAGCUUCGGUUCAGUGUGGACUGUGCUGAGACCACAGUCAUCACAGACAAGCAGGUCAACGACAGCAAUUGGCAUUUCCUGAUGGUCAGCCGCAACCACCUCCGGACGGUGCUAGUGCUGGAUGGCGAAGCUAAACCUGGUGAGGUGCGCCCGCAGCGCCAGUAUAUGAACAUUGUCAGUGACCUCUUCAUGGGUGGUGUCCCAUCAGACAUCCGGCCUGCUGCCUUGACUCUUGACGGUGUCCUGAGUGAGCCCCCAUUUCAAGGAUUUAUCCUGGACCUGAAGUACGGCAACUCAGAACCUCAGCUCCUGGGCAGCCAUGGGGCUCGGCUGGACAUGGAGGGGCUCUGUGCAGAGAACCCUUGUGAGAAUGGUGGCACUUGCUUCCUCCUGGACAGUGAGCCUCACUGCGACUGCUCAGCCACUGGAUAUGUUGGCAAACUCUGCUCUGAAGAUGUCAAUCAUAUUCCAGGCCUCUCGCACCUGAUGAUGGGUGAACAAGGUAGAAGUAAAGCGAGAGAUGAGAAUGUGGCCACCUUCCGUGGCUCAGAGUACCUUUGCUACGACCUGUCCCAGAACCCCAUCCAGAGCAGCAGUGAUGAGAUCACCCUCUCCUUCAAGACAUGGCAGCGCAACGGGCUCAUUCUGCACACGGGCAAGUCGGCAGAUUACGUCAACCUGGCUCUGAAAGACGGUGCGGUCUCCUUGGUCAUUAACCUGGGGUCUGGGGCCUUCGAGGCCAUUGUGGAGCCGGUCAAUGGCAAAUUCAAUGACAACGCGUGGCAUGACGUUAAAGUGACACGCAACCUGCGGCAGGUGACAAUCUCUGUAGAUGGAAUCCUCACCACAACAGGUUACACACAAGAGGACUACACCAUGCUCGGCUCAGAUGACUUCUUCUAUGUAGGAGGGAGCCCCAGUACAGCAGAUUUACCUGGCUCUCCAGUCAGCAACAACUUCAUGGGCUGCCUCAAAGAGGUUGUUUAUAAGAAUAAUGACAUCCGUCUGGAACUGUCUCGCUUGGCAAGAAUUGGUGACACCAAGAUGAAGAUCUACGGGGAGGUGAAGUUCACAUGUGAGAAUGUGGCCACUUUGGAUCCCAUCAGUUUCGAGACCCCUGAGGCGUAUAUCAGCCUGCCCAAGUGGAACACCAAGCGAAUGGGCUCCAUCUCCUUUGACUUUCGUACCACUGAGCCUAAUGGACUAAUCCUCUUUACCCACGGCAAGCCCCAGGAGAGGAAGGAUGCCAGGAGCCAGAAGAAUACCAAAGUAGACUUCUUUGCAGUGGAGCUCUUAGAUGGGAACCUCUACUUGCUGCUUGACAUGGGCUCCGGCACUAUCAAGGUGAAGGCCACCCAGAAGAAAGCUAAUGAUGGAGAAUGGUACCAUGUGGAUAUCCAGCGAGAUGGUAGAUCAGGUACUAUAUCAGUGAACAGCCGGCGCACUCCUUUCACUGCCAGUGGGGAGAGUGAAAUCUUAGAUCUGGAAGGGGACAUGUACUUGGGCGGCCUGCCUGAGAAUCGGGCAGGCCUCAUCCUUCCCACAGAGCUGUGGACGGCCAUGCUGAACUAUGGCUACGUAGGCUGCAUCCGGGACCUGUUCAUCGAUGGACGGAGCAAGAAUAUCCGGCAACUAGCAGAGGCACAGAAUGCUGCAGGGGUCAAGUCCUCCUGCUCCCGCCUCAGCACCAAGCAGUGCGACAGUUACCCAUGCAAAAACAAUGCUGUUUGCAAGGACGGUUGGAACCGCUUCAUCUGUGACUGCACUGGCACCGGUUACUGGGGUAGAACAUGUGAGCGAGAGGCUUCCAUCCUAAGCUAUGACGGGAGCAUGUACAUGAAGAUCAUCAUGCCCAUGGUCAUGCACACAGAAGCAGAGGACGUAUCCUUCCGCUUCAUGUCCCAGCGCGCCUAUGGACUUUUAGUUGCCACCACCUCACGAGACUCUGCUGACACCCUGCGCCUGGAGCUGGAUGGAGGACGUGUCAAACUCAUGGUCAAUUUAGACUGUAUCAGGAUAAACUGUAACGCCAGCAAAGGACCUGAAACUCUCUAUGCUGGGCAAAAACUCAAUGACAAUGAGUGGCACACGGUCCGGGUGGUGCGACGAGGAAAGAGCCUCAAGUUGAUGGUGGAUGAUGAUGUUGCUGAGGGUACAAUGGUGGGAGAUCACACCCGCUUGGAGUUCCACAACAUUGAGACAGGAAUCAUGACAGAGAAGCGGUACAUCUCAGUCAUCCCCUCCAGCUUCAUUGGCCACCUCCAGAGCCUUAUGUUUAAUGGGAUGCUCUACAUUGAUCUGUGCAAGAACGGUGACAUUGACUACUGCGAGCUAAAAGCACGUUUUGGCCUCCGUAACAUCAUUGCCGAUCCAGUCACCUUCAAGACCAAAAGCAGCUACUUGAGCCUAGCCACCUUGCAGGCCUACACUUCCAUGCACCUCUUCUUUCAGUUCAAGACCACUUCGGCUGACGGUUUCAUCCUUUUCAAUAGUGGUGAUGGCAAUGACUUCAUUGCAGUUGAACUGGUCAAGGGGUAUAUACAUUAUGUGUUUGACCUUGGCAAUGGCCCUAAUGUCAUCAAGGGCAACAGUGAUCGUCCCCUGAAUGACAACCAGUGGCACAAUGUUGUCAUCACCCGAGACAACAGUAAUACCCACAGCCUAAAGGUGGACACCAAGAUGGUCACUCAGGUUAUCAAUGGUGCCAAAAAUCUUGAUCUUAAAGGUGAUCUCUACAUUGCAGGCCUGGCUCAAGGCAUGUAUAGCAACCUCCCGAAGCUAGUGGCCUCACGUGAUGGGUUUCAGGGCUGCCUAGCUUCAGUGGACUUGAAUGGGCGUUUGCCAGAUCUGAUCAAUGAUGCCCUCCAUCGCAGUGGGCAAAUUGAGCGUGGAUGUGAAGGACCAAGCACCACUUGCCAAGAAGAUUCCUGUGCUAAUCAAGGCAUCUGUAAUCAGCAGUGGGAAGGUUUCACCUGUGAUUGCUCCAUGACUUCAUAUUCAGGCAGCCAGUGCAAUGACCCUGGUGCCACGUAUAUCUUUGGAAAAAGUGGAGGCCUCAUCCUGUACACCUGGCCAGCAAAUGACAGACCAAGCACAAGGACAGACCGUCUUGCUGUAGGCUUCAGCACGACUGUGAAGGAUGGCAUCCUGGUUCGAAUUGACAGUGCUCCUGGGCUCGGUGAUUUUCUGCAGCUGCACAUAGAGCAAGGCAAGAUUGGUGUCGUCUUCAAUAUUGGCACCGUGGAUAUUUCUAUCAAAGAGGAUAGCACCCCUGUGAAUGAUGGCAAAUAUCAUGUGGUGCGCUUCACCAGGAAUGGUGGCAAUGCUACACUUCAGGUGGACAGCUGGCCAGUGAAUGAGCACUACCCAACAGGCAACACUGAUAGUGAACGGUUCCAAAUGGUAAAACAGAAAAUCCCCUUCAAAUAUAACCGGCCCGUAGAGGAGUGGCUGCAGGAAAAAGAUGAUGCAACACCGCAUCACCACUUGACUUCGAGACCCGUCACGACGACCACCAAAAUUGGACGACAGUUAACGAUCUUCAACACCCAGGCGCAAAUAGCCAUUGGAGGGAAGGACAGAGGACGUCUCUUUCAAGGCCAGCUCUCCGGUCUCUAUUACAAUGGUUUGAAAGUUCUGAAUAUGGCAGCAGAGAAUAACCCCAACAUUAAAAUCAAUGGAAGUGUCCGGCUUGUUGGAGAAGUCCCAUCCCUCUUGGGAACAACACCUACAACCUCCAUGCCGCCAGAAAUGUCUACCACAGUGAUGGAAACCACCACUACCAUGGCCACCACUACAACCCGAAAAAACCGUUCCCCACCUAGCAUCCAGACAACAGAUGACAUCGUUUCAUCAGCUGAAUGUUCCAGCGAUGACGAAGACUUCAUUGAAUGUGAGCCAAGCACAGGAGGUGAAUUAGUUAUCCCUCUACUUGUAGAAGACCCUUUAGAUAUUCCUCCUAUUGCUACUCGUGCACCUUUCAUUACACUCCCCCCUACCUUUCGCCCCCUCCUCACCAUUAUUGAGACCACCAAAGAUUCCCUGUCCAUGACCUCUGAGGCGGGGUUACCUUGCUUGUCGGACCAAGGCAGCGAUGGUUGUGAUGAUGAUGGCUUGGUGAUAUCUGGGUAUGGCUCAGGGGAAACCUUUGACUCUAACCUGCCCCCUACUGAUGAUGAAGAUUUUUACACCACCUUCUCCUUGGUAACAGAUAAGAGUCUUUCCACUUCAGUCUUCGAAGGUGGCUACAAAGCACACGCACCUAAGUGGGAAUCCAAGGACUUUAGACCUAACAAAGUCUCCGAAACUGGUAGGACUACUACCACGUCUUUGUCCCCUGAGCUGAUCCGCUCCACAGCUUCGUCCUCGACUGGGAUGGUGCCCAAAUUGCCAGCCGGCAAAAUGAAUAACCGUGAGCUCAAACCCCAGCCUGACAUAGUCUUGCUUCCGUUGCCCACUGCCUAUGAGCUAGACAGCACAAAGCUGAAGAGCCCGCUAAUAACUUCCCCCAUGUUCCGUAAUGUGCCCACAGCAAACCCCACGGAGCCAGGAAUCAGACGGGUUCCGGGGGCCUCAGAGGUGGUCCGCGAGUCGAGCAGCACAACAGGGAUGGUCGUCGGCAUAGUGGCUGCUGCUGCCCUCUGCAUCCUGAUCCUCCUGUACGCCAUGUACAAGUACAGGAACAGGGACGAGGGGUCCUAUCAGGUGGAUGAGACGCGGAACUACAUCAGCAACUCUGCCCAGAGCAACGGCACGCUCGUGAAGGAGAAGCAGCAGAGCUCAAAGAGCGGCCACAAGAAACAGAAAAACAAGGACAAAGAGUAUUAUGUGUAAAAAAUAUACUUAUUUAUAUAUAAAUAUAUAAAUACUUAAUGAGAUUUAACUGAAAUAUCAGAAUCGUUACAGCUAACAAGAUUGGGAGCUAUCAUUUGUGGGAAAAAAUAUUGGGAAAAAAAUAUUCAGCUGUGACUGUUAACGUCUCAGUCAUCACUUGGAGUCAGCAAACUCUGCCCUACUGUAUUAUAAAGCACACUUAGUGUUCUGGAGAUGGCACAUGCAGCUCUACCAUGUUAGCGGACUUGGAAGUUGCCUAAUCUCCUGCUCUGCUGAACUUUCUGCAAAAGGUAGAAGACUUCAUGGCUUACUUGUUUCAUAUCUCCAAGUGAGUCUUUAACAAUGUUCGUGAUCUUUGACUGUAUCGAUAAUUUUUCAGUUUACUUAUUUAAAAAAAAAAGAAAGAAAAAGAAAAAAAUAUAAACAUUAUAAACAAAACAAAACCCCAAGCAAACUGAUCUGGCCAUGUCCAGUGUAAUUUUUCAAGAUUAGAGGGAGGUGGAAUAAAUGAUUUUGGAGAUCGUUAGUGUUUGGUUUGGUUUGGUUUGGUUUCCUGGGGGUCCUUUGUUCUUUCUUUCUUUCUUUCUCUCUUUCUUUUUUUUUGUUUUUUUUUUUUGGUGGGGGGGGGGAAUGAACUGGGACAUGAGUCAAGAAGAAAUCUCAGAAAAAAACCCCUAAUAAAUAAAGAGAGACUAUUGCCAUAUAUGAACUCAAAAGAUACCCAUGGUGUUUACAUAUCUGGUUGUGUUG